AUGGAAAAUAUGGAAUCACCAGAUGGCCCUUCAAGCUCAGCGUGCCUUUCAGUACCGGAAGUGCCUAGAAAGAAACAAACUGCUAUGAAAAGAAGAGCUGAAAGCGGCUAUAGGUAUUGGGCCUAUCCAAACAUGUCAGGAACAACAGGACUUUCCCUACCUGUGACACCAAUGAAUAGUCCUAAAAAGCCGCGAGAAUCCUCGAAUGCUAAACCUCCGACAAGGCUUAACUUAUUACCAGGUCUUUAUGCUGUGAAAAAUAAAUUCACAGAGGUUAAGCCUGAUUUAAAUGAUCAGGGCACAGACAGGAUCGAUUUGAAAAAGCUUUUCCCUGAAAUGCCGAGAAUGUAUCAUGCUGAUGCUACUGCUGUUCUUGAAGAGGCGGAUGAAGAGAUGCUUUGUAAAACAGACUAUAAGGAUAUUGAGAGAAUGGGAGAAGAACCAACCUCAGGCAGAUGCGUCCAUCGGUCACUCCUAGAGGAGCUGUUGAAGGAUGGAGCGGCGGAAAAGGAAGUCAUGGCUGUUGAUGAAAACACAACUGAUGGUUUCGAGAAUAUUACGGGCUGUAUCCAGUUUUCUGGUGAUGUGGAGGAUCUUCAGAUUGGCGACUCUCAGACCAUGGAGCUUUUCAGCAUGCCGCGUGUUUAAAGCCUGUUCUGCAGAGCAGAGCUGCUAUGUGUGUCUCACAAUAAAAUUGGUUUGUUUUGUA